UAUCUAUAGCUAAUCUUAGCUGAGAGCUAGGCUGUUCAUACAGCGGAGCAGUUACUGUCAGACACGCACGCGCAUGAGUUUCAUGUCUGCUUGGCCGCACGUGGGGCAGUUGCCGCACUCGCACUUGCGUUGUUUCCCCAACUUAAGCUGGAGGUAGCCCCCCUGUGCUCUAGGAACGCCAAACUUUCUGCAUGGCUGCUGUGACCAUGGUGCAGCUGAAUUUGAACCAGAGGAGUGAUUGAAUCUGAGCGAGUAAAGCACGAGGACGACACGGGCUCGGACGGGUUUCCAGGGUUUACAGCACGGGUUACAGCGACCCAGCCCUUUGCGUGUGUGCUCCCCGGACCCCGGAAUUCAAUCCCGUCUCCCGUGUCACCCGUCACCCUUGGGUGCUUGCGUUACCUGAUCUGACACUGAGCCCGAAAACGUGGCACCCCGCAAACACGCAUUUGGGAUAUCCCUUCUAAUCCUCCUGUUUGGCGUUGGAAGCGAGCAGGCGCAAGGGAGCGUGCACAUCUGCAAUCUGCCAAUCUGCUGGUGCCUCAAUAGAUUUGCCCUGCUGUUUUCGCAUACACCUGGACGCCAGCCCGUUCCAGCUGCGCUUGCGUGUGCCUGGGGCUGCUGACGUGCGUGAGCUGCUUUGCGACAUGGGAGCCAGGCCGGCAAGGGCAGAUUUAGCUACACCGCCACAACAGACGCGCACCUGGCAGACACAUAGCUGAAAGGAGGACCCCGCGGUUACAAGCGCUUGCGUGCAUGUUAUGCGACUCGCAGGAGAGCUGGUCUUUCUGGUCGCACAUGGUUGGCCACUGGCAAGGGCUGGACUGCGCGGCAGGCAAGUGCUGUCCAGAAUGGCAGAGUGGCGAGCACCCCAAGCCUGGGUACAUCUCAACAACUGUUAACUCUACCUGCGCCUGCCUGGGCGCGCUGCUCAGCUCCACCGAGGUGGCCAUGCACAUGAAGUUCAACGAGUUCCAUGUGCUGGCGCUCAAGUCAUACCAGCACAUGGGCAUCAUGGGCGUGUCAGUGUACGCGGUGGGCGCACCCGAAUGCCCUGGCACUGCUACGGUGCUCCCGGGUGGGCCGCAGCUGCUGGGCAACGCGACCAUUGACUGCCUGUGGCACGAGCGCAUGAGCACAGCUGAGGACGAGUACAUGAGGCUGGUGCCGGCGCCUGCAGGAGCGUGCAUCCGGGUGAACAUCACGGUCCUGCCGUCACCCACGCCCCGGCAGGAAAACAAAAUCAAGUUUUUGGGCUUCUCGCUGUACUGAGUUUUGCAGUGACCUCGAGGGGACAAUGGGAUGAGGCGCAGGUUUGCGACGAUGUAGAAGGCAUUCUGAGCAUGCAUUCACGCACAGACCGGCGAGUGCUGCCAGGAGGUUUCCACCCUAUGGAAGCACGUGAGUUCUUGGCGCUACACCAAGCCUAGGCUGGCGCCUGGCAGGCGUUACAAAAUGACCGUAUUGGUGGUACUGAUAGAGUGUUUACAUCGCGUUCGUGACGUGCACGUGUGAGAUACUGCGGUAGCAAGCAGAGGUAGAAUAUUUGAGGCCUUGGGCGCGGACCUCGUGCACACAAGCCUUCGCGAGCUGAGAUCCAAAUUCCAGUAGAGGCAGGGCGGAAGUAAGUAUAGAGACGCGAAGAGUGACGCGGCGGCGCCUGGCCGUGGGAGCCCGUGGCUCCUGUUGGCUGCGUCAUGGUUUUGCAGCACUGGCCGUUUUGCUGGCCGGCUGCCCUGCGCGUUGCGACCACGGUUGCUAGGUAAGGCGUCCGGCAACCGUAACCGUAGCCAAGACGAUAUAAUGCAGCUUGGGUACAAGGUUUGCCCACCUGGUCCCCGGUCGUCUUUUCCUCGGGCCGCGGGCGCUUGAAACCAGCGCCA